GUACAGACACUUAAUGGUCACUAGAAUAGGCUAUAAUUCAUGUGGUGUCUAAAUUUACAAACACAUGUAAAUGUAUUUCAAUAAUUUAUAAAAUAGCAUUCAAUUUACUAAUUAAAUAAUAAUGGGAGAGAUUCUCAAGUAUUUGCCGACAUUUGAUUCACACAAGAGAUUCCUAAUAUUUAAAGUGAUAACAUGUGCGGUGUUUGUGUCGUAUAUGGUGUCACUAAUAUCUACCAUCAUGUGGUACCAUAAUACGUCCAAAUUGAUUCUGGACUCCGAUAAAUGGACUGCUAUGUAUAGUCAGGAAACCCUUCGCGUACUGAAUGUAGUGACCCCGGUAUGUGGGAUGAUAGUGGCAGUCGUGGCGGUGUUUGGUAUACUUGAGGAGAACAAAUACAUUAUCAUUGUGACCACAAUCGUAACACCCUGUCCACUCAUUUUUGUCUAUAUGACUGACGACACUGAUAUAUGGGUCACUUAUAUGGGCAUUACAUCCACCGUAAUGACCCUCAUAUGUGCUUUGAUGUUGGAUCGUGGUGACCCGGAUGAUUUGCACGAUCCCGAUGAUCAGUACUAA